CAUGCGAAUGAGACUUGCACUUCCAUCCUCAACGCUCCUGUUCGACUUUCGCGCUACAACUCUAUGAUCAUGGCUCGCUGGAAUUAUCAAGCGGGCCUAUGUUAGAGUUUCGCAUAUCGGACUUGUCUGCCUCACCCUCUGCCCUGGGAUAUCACAGUGGUUACGAUUCAUAAGUGCAAGUGUUUCUCCCUCUUGUCGGGCUGUGACCGGCGGCCGUGGUGAUAUCAGCGUCUCUCCUUUUGUCGUCAUGUGGGACACUCUAUCUACCCCCCCGGAGGGCCUUAUUGGAGGCUACCAAGGGUCUAGUCUCGUUAUCAAGAUUUUGAUGGCCGUCUUCAGUGCCAUCGCCCUCUAUAACGCAGUUGAACUUGUUAUUCUCAUUUUUCUCACCUUCACUCGCUACAGUGGCCUCUACUUUUGGAGCAUGCUUCUGUCAGACGUGCUGGGGGUCAUCCCCCACGCCGUCGGCUAUCUCCUGGAGUUCUUCGCGGUGGGUCCAUUGUGGUUCGCAGUCACUCUUUCGACAAUCGGCUUCUACUUCAUGGUUCCCGGCCAGUCAAUCGUGUUAUACUCUCGUCUUCAUUUGGUGGUGCAGAGCCAAACGACUCUUCGCCGUGUCCUUGCCAUGAUCAUCAUCGAUGCGAUUAUACUUCUGAUUCCCACAACGGUCCUUACCUACACCACGAUUUACAUCGGAUCGGAACCGAUCAUUCGAGGCUACAAUGUGAUGGAGCGAAUGCAGCUGGCCUGGUUUUGCGCUCAGGAAAUAGUCAUCUCAGGCAUAUAUAUCUGGGAAACGAUCAAUCUGCUUCGACUUCGGCCGGAGAAGGAUCCGCAACGACACAAAAGCAUGUAUGAGCUGAUUGCCAUCAAUCUGGUGAUCGUGUUGCUGGAUGUGUCUCUUUUGGUGUUGGAGUAUGUGGGGUUAUACACUCUCCAGACGACGCUCAAGGCCGCAGUGUACAGCGUCAAAUUGAAGCUGGAGUUUGGAGUGUUGCGUAAGCUGGUUUCCCUCGUCAACACCCGUCCCUCCGAGUCCAGCUCGACAGACCAGGAUGACUUCCCCAAUUUCGUCGAUCCCGAGCAAAUUACGGGUGAUGUCACGCGAGCAGCGCCUCCCAGCCCACAUACCCAGUCCCGCUAUCCCUGGACCGCCCUUUCCAUGGACAGCCUGGUUUUGUCCGAACGUAGAAGGCCCCUGUCGCAGUCAUCGGAGGCUCCCCGGCCGCCCUAGUGCAUGGCACAUGCCGCUAUCGAACUUGAUAGUCCGGCGUGCCAGAAGUACCUUUUCUGAGGGCCUUCAUUCGGCUUUCAUUUUCUGAC